UUCAGGCAGUCUCGGCUCGUCUGAAGUCAGCUUCAGUUUUGUCGCCUGUCUCCAAUAAAGAAUAUCCGAGAAGCCAGCAGGCAUCAUAAGUUUAAUUUUGUAACUUUCAGUCUAAACAUGCACGCAGACGUUCUGGUAAAUUCUAUAGUUUUGCUCAACAUUGUGUUUGUGUCGCAAAGCUUCUUGAAAUCUACAAGGCAGUCUGGUACUUGCAAGUUGUCAUUGGAAUCAUCAGAGAAACGCUGUAAAUCUCAUGAUGGUUUGAUCUGCAGUGGCAGGGGACAGUGCGAAUGUGGUGUAUGCAUCUGCCUUGACAAUGAACCAGGCAAAUACUAUGGCUCUCGGUGUGAGUGCCAGGACUGGCUCUGUGAAAGCUACGAUGGGAGAAUUUGUGGAGGCCAUGGGCAAUGUGAUUGCGGGAAAUGCAUCUGUGACCAUGGCUGGUCUGGGAUUGCUUGUCAUUAUCCCAAGACUUGCAACAUUCCCCGGAAGAAAAGCAAAGAAAUGUGUCGCAAUUCAGAUGGUCUGAUCUGUUCUAAUGCAGGUACCUGUCACUGUGGCAGGUGUAUCUGCGACAAUCCUGGGAAUGAAAAACUGGUUUAUGGAAAGUUUUGUGAGUGCAACGAUGAAGAUUGCAUUGACGAUGAAACUGGCGAGAUCUGUGGAGGGCAUGGAAAGUGUUACUGUGGUAACUGCUACUGUAUGCCUGGUUGGCAUGGCGAUAAAUGUGAAUUCCAGUGUGACGUUACCCCGUGGGAGAGCAAAAGGAAAUGCAUGUCAUUGGAUGGCAAGGUCUGCAGCAACCGAGGGAAUUGCAUCUGUGGUGAGUGUACAUGCUAUGACCUGGAUCCCAGUGGUGAAUACGGUGACAUUCAUGGGGCAACAUGUGAAUGUGAUGAGAGAGACUGCCUCGCUGUAUAUGACAGAUACUCCGAUAGUUUCUGCUCAGGUGUUGGGCAGUGCAAUUGUGGAAGAUGCGACUGCUAUGAAGGAUGGAGUGGCAGAAUAUGUGAGCAUCCGGAGUCUUGUCGCAUGUCAGUUGAGGAAAGUGCAAGGAAAUGUCGAGGAAAUUCUAAUUUACCCUGUUCAGGAAGAGGAAAAUGCCAGUGUGGUCAGUGCACUUGUUUCCCACCGGGAGAUAGGCGUAUCUAUGGGAAAAACUGUGAAUGUGAUGACCGACAGUGUGAGGACAGUGAAGGAGCCAUCUGUGGUGGCAAUGGCAUCUGCUCAUGUGGUCGAUGUAUCUGCAAUGACAACUGGUUUGGGAAAUACUGCCAGCAUCCGAGGACUUGCAACAUGCCGGAAGAGAGAAGCAGGAGUCUGUGUGAAUCAUUCAACGGAACAAUCUGUUCCAGAAAGGGUUCCUGCCAUUGUGGGAAGUGUAUGUGUGGUUCUCCCCAGCAAUGGUACAUCUCGGGUCAGCUCUGCGAAUGUGAUGAUCGAGAAUGUGACAAGCAUGAAGGUGUCAUCUGCACUGGGAAUGGUAUCUGUGAUUGUGGAAUCUGUGACUGCUUUGACGAAUGGACUGGGAAUGCCUGUGAAAUCUGGAUGGGGCUGGAAAGCUUCUGAAGAUUGUACAGUAUUGGGGAGGACACUUGAAUACAGUUUGUCUUCUGCUGCACGACUUAUGAUAUUAUCCGAACCAGCCUUGGAAAUUUGUAAGAAAUUACUUGGUAACAUAUCCAUUUUAGGUUUGC